AUGGCAGUCAACAAGCGCCUCGUCAUCAUUGGCGUAAUCGUCCUCUGCGCCGUCAUAGGCGCCAUCGUGGGCGUGAUCGUAGCCACCAGUUCGGGCUCGAGCUCGAGCUCGACGUCGUCCGGGGACUCGACGUCCCCCGAUGGCUCAUCCACUCCGGACGCGAGCGGCGGCGGCGGCACUGGUGCGUCCGCCCGCAAGCGGUCGGGCAACGCGUCGACGAGUGGCAACUCGUCGAUCGUGUCCACUGUGACGUCCGACCCGACGAAAGAGACCUAUUCCGUCUGCGCGCUGGCUGUGGGCGACUGGGGCUCCACUGUGGUCGGGGACUCGUGUUGCAGUCGCUCCGGCACGUUCACGAACUACGACGUUGUCGCCGAAGACGUCGUGGCCAGUCUCAUGGACUCGCAAGUGGGCAACAUGGACGUGAAACCCACCUGUGUGCUGGGCCACGGCGACAGUUUGUACUGGACGGGCAUCAACAGCGACAACGACCGCGACUCGCGCUUUGCGACGACGUUUGAGGGCAAGUUCAAGGGCCAGAACUUGGCCGGGAUCCCCUUUAUCAACGUCAUGGGCAACCACGACUACGGCGGAGCCAGUUACGUGUGCUCGGACGGCGACUUUAGUGCCAAGUGCGAGAGCACGGACGACCUCAUCACUGCGCUCGAGAACAAGUUCAAGUGGCAACAGGAGUACACGAGUCCGAACGACGACCGCUGGGUGCUCAAGGACCACUUUUACGUCCACUCGAUCGAAGACGCGGCGUCGGGCGUGAGCAUUGACAUUUUCAACGUGGACUCGGGGGACGCUGACGUCCACGCUGCAAUGCAAGUGUGCUGCCAGUGCUAUGGCUACGCAGAAGGCGACGACAAGAAGUGCAAAGGUGCGGCUCGAGGCCACGAGUUCUGCGCGGGCGGAGACACGGAGAUGUACGACGCGUGCUUUGCCAAGUUCAAAGAGUGGAGCGAUGACUCGCGCAAGCAGUUGGCCGAGAAGGCGGCUGCGUCGAAGGCGACGUGGAAGAUCGUCAACAGCCACUACAGUCCGAGUGUGCACUACGACGAAGCGGGCAUGAAGGAGUGGUUUGACCUCCUGGCUGGUCUUGGGGUCCGUGUUUGGUUCUACGGCCACACGCACGGUGAGAAGCACGACCACUCCGAUUCGCUCGGCAUCCACUUUGUCGAGAACGGCGCAGGAGGUGGUAUCCAGAAGGAGUCUGCCAGUGCGCUGACGACGUACGCGGCUGAGUACGUCAGCAACAUUUGGACGUACUCGGGCGCCGAGUACGGUUUCUUUUCGGUAUGUGCGUCGAAGGAUUGGAUGAAGCUGGAGUACCACACGGCGGACACGUCGUGGGCGUUCGGUUCGAGCAUCGGCGAGACGACGAUCGGUGGAGUGGCGACGAAGCACUGCUGGUAUCUUCCAGCGGACGGCACGAAGGGCGAGGAAUGCCCUGCGUAA